UCUCUCUCGGGGACGGAACUCCAACAAGUGUUCCUCUCUCUUCCUCUCAUGGCGCCCAUGACAGCAGAGUUGCUUAACAAGGCUCCGGCGAUCUCGGAAGCCGAGAACGGCGCGGUGCGAAAUGUGAAGACGCCCGCGACGGGGGCGGCGACGGUGAAGUGCAAUCCGGUGCUGUCGGAUCAGCAGAAGACGUCGAUCCGGGGGACGGUGGCGGAGCUGCUGAAGAGCGCCGGCGCGGGGAAGCCGCUCGUGUCGCUCGGCGUCGGGGACGCCUCGGCAUUCCCGUGCUUCCGGAAGGGGAGCGAGCUCUUCGCCGAGGCCGUCGCCGGCGCCGCCAGGUCGGGGCUCUUCGACUGCUACGCGCCGUCCUUCGGCUUCCCCUUUGCGCGCCGGGCGGUAGCGGAUUACCUAUGGAAAGGAAUCAAGAAGCAGCAGAAGCAAGAGCAGGCGCAGGAGCAGGGAAUUCGGGAGGGCGACGUGUUCCUGACGGUGGGCGGGACGCAGGCGAUCCAGGUAUGCGUGACGGUGCUGGCCCGGCCGGGGGCCAACCUGCUCCUGCCGCGGCCGGGGUUCGCCCCCUACGAGUCCGCCUGCGAGCUGUCCGGCGUCGAGCCCCGCUACUACGACCUCCUGCCCCGCCGCGGCUGGGAGCUCGACCUCCGCCAGAUCCGAUCCCUCGCCGACGCCCGCACCGUCGCCGUCGUUCUCAUCAACCCUAACAAUCCCUGCGGUGCCGUCUACUCCGCUGCCCACCUCCUCCAGAUCGCUGAAACUGCAAGAGAGUUAAGUCUCCCAAUUAUUGCAGAUGAGAUAUAUGCAGAUAUGACAUAUGGGGAUGCCAAGUUUUUGCCAAUGGCUUCAUUUGCCCACCUGGCACCAAUUAUUACUAUAGGAGCAUUGUCGAAACGCUGGAUGGUUCCUGGUUGGCGCCUCGGAUGGGUAGCCUUGUAUGACCCUACUGGUGCUCUUAAGCAAGUCCGGGUGGCUACUGAGAUGCUCAUGAAUGUUACUUCAGGUCCAUCUUCGAUAGUUCAGGCAGCUGUCCCGAGUAUUCUUUCUGAUUCGCAUGAAGAAUUUCACAAAAAUGUCCUUGCGCAACUCGAAUCUUCAGCAGAUGCCCUUUACGAAAGAAUACAGCAAAUUGAUGUGCUGCAUUGUUAUUCGCGGCCUCAAGGCUCCAUGUUCAUGAUGGUAGAGGUCAACACAUCGCUUCUAUAUGGCAUAGGGGAUGACAUGGACUUUGCAAGAGAGCUGAUUAAAGAAGAAUCUGUCUUGGUUGUACCAGGUUCUGUCAUUGGAUUAAAGAAUUGGGUGAGAAUAUUCUUUGGAGUUCCUGCUAGCUUGCUGGAGGAGGCGUGCGACAGAAUCGAGUCCUUCUGCAGAAGGCGGCGAGUCAGCAAAAUUGCUUUGUAAAAUAAGUCUAAUGGCUCUAAAAGAACACAGAAAUAUUCCACCAGAUCUAAGUGGCAUUGCUAUUGGGUCCAACAUGUAACAUAUUGUCCUACACAGUGUUAAUUGUAGUUGCAUUGCAUAAUCUAAUGUUCUUGUUCAAUUGUUGCUUCAUAAAAGAAAAGGUUGUGACUAAAUGGAAAGAUUUUGCUAUGUGAUCAAGAUCUAUGCAAAGGUAAGGUUAUAUACGGUACGUCUGUAGCAAGGGUUUUGUUUAGACGUUGAAAUAAGUUAUCCAAAGAUAAUUUAUUUGAUAUGAAAAA